AUGAUCAAACUCGUCCACGUGACCGCUCGGAAGCCGUCCCUUUCCAAAGUCGAGUUUUACGACCGCUGGCUGAAUAGACACGGCCCGUCGGUUCAUUCACAUGCCAGAACGCUUCGUAUGAAGAAAUGUGUCCAAAGCCACCUAAUCGACUCGCCGCUCAACGAAGCCUUGCGAAGCCCACGAGGCAUGCUUCCACCCGUUGAUGGGAUCAAUGAAGUCUGGUGGGAUUCUCUGGAAGACUUGCAAGCAGCAUUCACCUCACCCGAGGGCUUGGCCGCGCUGGAGGAACUCGGGUCAGAUGAGGAGAGCAUUACCGACCCAAGCCGAAGUCAUAUUUUUCUGACGAAGGAGCAUGUCAUCUUCGACAACACAUCGCCAUCCACGAAAUCGCCUGUGGGAGAUGAAACUACGAUCAAAGUCACGUACCUGGUCGUAAAGAGAGACGGCACGACCAGGGACGCUUGCCACAAAACGUGGCUGGACGAUCACGGUCCAUAUGUCACCCAAUUCGCAAAGGCGCUGAAUAUGGAUAAGUACGUACAAAGUCACACCAUCACAGACGACUUCAGUGAGAGUCUCCGCGAAAAGAGUGGUUUCGCAAAAGCUCUGGACGGCAUCACAGAGGUGUGGAUCGUAGAUCCAAGCAAGAGUCCGCAGGAUAUAGCAGCCACGGGUGGGAGCACGAGACUCAUUGAGGACGAGAAGAGAUUCGUCGAGUUGGGUCAGUCGAGGUGUUUUGUGACCAAGGAGCAUGUGAUAUUCGAUUUCAGGUAG